UGCUUGGAUAAAGAGUACGCCUGUAGACAUGGCAGAUGCGUUUCCACGUUGUUUCUUUGCGACAAAAUCAACGACUGUCCCCAGAAAGAUGAUGAAGGAGAGAGAGUGUGCGGCAAGUGCCAGUACAAUGAAUACAGGUGUAAGGGCUCAACGCUCAAGUGCAUUCCAAACACGCAGGUCUGUGAUUCGAAACUGGAUUGUAGCUUAGGAGAUGACGAAGAAUUAUGUGCAUGCUUGGAUAAGGAGUAUGCGUGCAAGCGAGGAAGGUGUGUUUCCACGUUGUUCCUUUGCGACAAAGUCAACGACUGUCCCCAGAGAGAUGAUGAGGGCGAGAGAGUGUGCGGCAAGUGCCAUUAUGACGAAUAUCGAUGCCGUGGCAGGAGACUACGCUGCAUACCGAACGUAAAAGUCUGCGACUACACGCCAGAUUGUGAACAGGGCGAUGACGAACAACAGUGCGGUAAAUUAUUUAUUAUUGCUGUAAUAGAGCCGAACUUUUGA